GAUACAUCGAAAACAUGGCAACACUGCAUAUUAUUCGACAUUGACAAUUGACAGCGAGUGUCUAAUAAUUAAUUCGUAUGUGUCACUCAAAGUUACAACAACAAUAAAUAAAAACUUCCGUAAAUUAGCGUGAAACAAAUCCGCGAAAAUGGGCAAACGCGCCGAAGUCGGUACCCCCAAGUACCUGGCCAACAAAAUGAAGGCGAAGGGCCUGCAGAAGUUGCGCUGGUACUGCCAGAUGUGCCAGAAACAGUGUCGAGACGAGAACGGUUUCAAGUGCCACACGACGUCGGAGUCCCACCAGCGGCAGUUGUUGUUGUUCGCCGACAACAGCAAGCGCUACAUCGACGAUUUCUCCUAUCAAUUCGCCAAGGGCUACGUGGAGAUCCUCCGGAGGCAGUUCGGUUCGAAGAGGGUGAAUGCUAACAGAGUCUACCAGGAGUAUAUUCACGACAGAGACCACGUACACAUGAACGGUACCCGAUGGGUCACUCUCACGGGGUUCGUGAAGUGGUUGGGGAAAACGGGGCAGGCCGUGGUGGACGAAACGGAGAAGGGUUGGUACAUAACUUACAUAGACCGCAGCCCGGAGACGGUGCAAAAGGAGGAAACGAAGAAGAAGAAGCUCAGGAUGGACAAGAACGACGAGGAGUUGCACAUGGAGUUUGUGGAGAAGCAGGCGAAGUUGGCGUUGGAGAAAGCCGGUCCUUCGAUCGAGCCGGUUUACACCGAUUUGGUGAGAGAAAACGAAGAAGCUCCGAUUAAAUUGGACAUCAAAUUGAACGUUGAGAAAUUGAAGUUGCCCGCUUCGAUUGAUAAUGUGUUUAAAAAACCCGCAUCGAUCGGUGCAAAAGAGUCGAAGAAGGUGAAGAAAGAAGAGGAAGCGAGCCGGAAAACUGCACUCGAUGAGAUUCGCGAGCAAGAGGAGCUGAAAAAGGAGAAAAAUAAUCGGAAACCUUACUGGUUGUGUGAAAACAUCGUAGUGAAAAUCGUCACUAAAACUCUAGGUGAUGAAUUCUACAAGCAAAAGGGUGUCGUUAGGGAGGUGAUCGAUCGAUACGUGGGGGUGGUGAAGUUGCUCGAAAGCGGUAAAAAGGUGAAAAUCGAUCAGGCCGAUUUGGAGACUGUUAUACCGGCUAUUGGUAAAUUGGUGAAAGUUGUUAACGGGGCCUAUCGAGGGGAGACUGCUGUGUUGGUGAAAGUGGACGAGGCUAAUUUUUGCGUGGAAAUCGAAAUACAUUGUGGAUUGUUAAAAGGAAGGCGGAUAGAAGGCGUUCAAUACGAAGAUAUUUGUAAGUUAAACGAUUUGUGAAUUGGGUUUUUUUUAAGAACAAAUAGUAGGUUUUUUACGUUAGUUUUUGUAUCAAUGACUACUAAAGCACCCUCAA